UGUGUGUUGUUGUCGUCGCUCACUCGCAAAGCUCCUCUCACCCUGUUGACAACGCAGCUGACAUUCUUAGAACCAUGCUGCUCCGGACUGUUACUCUUCUGCUGCUCCUUAGUGUGACCGCUGGUGUCUGUGCCACCCUGGGUCACUACCAAUCAAAAUCACUGGAGGAGGACACUCCGGCGGUGGAUCCACAAAACACAGAUGUGGCAGACACCAAAUUAUACCAAGACCAGACCAACGAACUACCUGAAGUUUUACCGAACAAAACUCCCGAAGCAGUCAAAGGGCCCGGAGAAAUCAGCCAAGCUGGGGAAGCCCAGCAUCAACCUAAGGAUCAAGAAGAGAUGGAGAAGAGCGACAAGAUCGAGCCAGUCCAGAUGAGCAUUUCCACUCCAGAUGACCAAAACAGCAGUAGCUGGAGCCUCAUGUCAAUUAGAAGCAGUUUCCAAACGAUGCACGGCUACUUUGACUCCCUGGUCGAACUGGUGGGGGGUCACAAUGGCGUGUGUCAGUACCGCUGCAGAUACGGAGAACGUCCUCAACCUCGUCCUGACUACAAGCACCAAGAGCCCAAUGGCUGCAGCUCCUCCAUGGUGGGAUUCCAGAUUGAUCUUGGCAUCCCAGCCAUGACUGAGUGCUGUAACCAGCUCGAUGUGUGCUACGACAACUGCGGCAUCAACAAGUACGACUGUGACACCAAGUUCCGCUCUUGUCUUCAUAACAUUUGCUCCGACCUGAAGAGGAGUCUCGGCUUUGUGUCCAAAGUACAAGCCUGUGAGUCGAUGGCAGAUGCCUUGUACAACACAGUGUGGACACUUGGAUGCCGGCCCUACAUGAACAGCCAGAGGGCAGCAUGUGUUUGUGAUGGAGACGAGAGGGAUGAACUGUGACCCUGAACACCAUGGACGGCAUUGACAUGGAGAAAAAAAAGACAGUUUUGCACAUAAUAUAUUUCAGAGCAUGGAA